AUGGUUCUGGAUCAUGCCGUUGACGAGGCGGCUCUUAUGGAGGACGAGGCGGCGAACGACGGCGGCGUCGGGUGGGACGAGGACGGCGCAGCGGCGGCGCGACGCGUCCACGCGAAAGCGCUCGCCGCGAUCGCGACGCCCCGGGCACGCGGGCCGAAGAACAACGACUGGAGUAACGCGCGCAAGACUUCCGAGUGGGGUGCCGCUUCUGCCGCCGCUGUUUCGCUUUCUAGUUCGAGUUCGGGCUCGCGCACGGGCUCUAUGGCUGCUGCGGCAGCAGCGGCGGUGCAUGUUUCGCCUGAACGGGGUGGUAACAGCCGGUUGCAUUCGCGAGCGCGAAGCUCUUCGCAGGUGGACGCUGAGCGAAGCUCGUCACCUUGGGGAAGCGGGACGGGGCGAACGGCUGGCGGAGGCGCGGAUGGUGGAAGCGCGGGCGGAGAAAGCGCGUUUGCGGGAGCCAGGAGGGGGAGAGUGGGCGGAGGAGGCGUAGGGGCGGGUUCCGCGGUGGGUAAGCCGACAAGCGCGUUCGAAGCACGUGUCGCGCCGCCGAUGGUGGAGAGGCCGCCCGUACCUGAAGGCCUGCAGGAUCUCUCCUUGUUUUACGGCGCUUCGAGGGAGGAGGUCGCGAGUAGCGACAGCGUUAUAUUUAACCCCGCAGGCGGCGCCGUAACCGAUCAUAACUCGGACAUAGCGCUCCUGAUCAACUCGCCUGCUUCCGUUGCCCCUGCUUCUGCCGCUUCUGCGGGAGGUGGUGGUGCUGCGGCUGGUGGUGGUGGCGCGGCGGAAGCGGCACCACCGUCGCCACGAGGUCUGCAUGUUUCGCCGAAGUCCACGUGGACCAAUCAGAAACCAGCAACGCAGGGAAGAGUGGCAGGUGGCGGCGGGAGGGCUCACGCGGGAGCGGCCGCGGCAGGAGCGCCGGGAAUAGGCGCAUCUGGGGCAGGUGCAUUUGGCGCAGGCCCGAGCGCAAUCUCGCCCAUGGCGGCAGCCGCCAUUCGCGGCGGCGGAUUAUCAGCCAUGUCGCCGCGCCUGCUGAAAUUUCUGGUCGAGGAUAAGCCGGGGGUGGCGGAGCGGGGCGCGGGGAGAGCAGGGGAGGGGAAGCGCGGGGGCGGAGACAGGCGCUUGCGCCAGAGCGGAAGCGGGGACGAGACCGCGGAAGGGAGGGGGUCUUCAGGGGGAGACGAGCAGGGAAGGGUAUCGAUGCGGUCGCGCAGCGGGCCGCUCUCCGCGCGAGCCAGAUCACGCGCCGCUGCGACCAUAAGUGGCGCGUUCCGGAUCCCCGGGCCGCUACACUCCCCGCUUUCCGGCUCCCCCGCGUCGUCCGAUUCGGUAUUGUCGUCUCCGCUAGCCCUCCCUGCGCCAUCCCCGUUAGCGCCGUCCUCGAGUUUCGGUAGAAGCGCCGGAGGCGCAGCAGCGGGUGCCGCUCACGGGAGAAGCGGUGCGGGCAGUGCGUCAGUUCCCUCCCCUACGCGCACCUCCCCUACAAUCACAUCUCCCACCAAGCCAACCUCUCCGCUAGGCCCCGCCUCUGCCGCCGCUACCGCGGGGCCGUCCGCGUCUGCUGCGCAACCAUUGGCGGCUCCCGCGGGGUUCCGGCGGCCCGCCGCCCUUGAUCUUGGACGGCUGCUCGCGCCCGGCGCUCCAGGCGGGGAGGAAUCCGACGGCGAGGAUGAGUUCAGCGAUGACGACGCUGACGUCAGCGAGGCCGCGGCUGUACCAGGCCCGGCCGAGCCGCCAGGAUCGGGGAGAGGUGUGGCGACAGGCUCGGGAACAGCCGCCGAUCGCGGGGAGCGGCUGGAGGGGGUUGAGGUGAGGCUGGAGCGGCGGUCGACGGGGAACGCGCAGCACGCGGAGAGGGGAAGGGCGGACGGGAGCCUGGGGAACGCGGAGCGCCCCCGCAGCAGCCCUGUAGGCCUCGACUCGGCACUUAGCUUCGACCGCCGAACCAGCCCUGUAGGUUCGGGCACUGUAGAUAAGUCCGGGUUGGGAGGCGUCGGCGGAGGCGGAGGAGGAGGCGGCGGGGGAGCGGGGGGGAGAGCGGGCGCGGGUAGGGUGCAAAGCACGAAGAGCCCAGCGCGGGCAACGAGGGGCGGGAGUCCGAGUGUUUCGGCUGCUGCUGCUGCCGAGGACGCGUAUAACGCGAACGCGCGAGUCCUCCCUCCGUCGUUGUCGUUUUCCGGGAGUGACUUGGCGAUUAACACCAUCGACCGCCGAACUUCCGCCAAUGAGUACAUUGAUUUCCCCCCGGCGGCUUCCCCCGCCGAUUACUCCCCGGACGUUAACAUCUCCCCCACGCAGCAGGCGCAACAGCAGGCGCAACAGCAGCAGAGGGCUAGCAGUGCCAAGCCUGGCAGGCAGGCAAGCGGACAGGCCGGUAUGGGCGGCCGUACGGCGCCCGGGCAGGGUGGGAAGGGGGCGUUUUCCGAGCGCGUGCGCGGGUUUGCGUCGCCCAGGCGCGUGGAGAGACCCCCCGACCCCAUGGACCGCCUCCGCGGAUUCGUCUCCCCGCGCGCACGCAUCCGGGAGGGUCCAGCCGCGGGGCAGAGCGAGGGAAGCACAUUUGGCGCGGAUGCUGGUCGUGCCACUGGCGGUGGGGGCCGGGGCGGGGGAGCGGGGGGAAGGGGUGGCGCAGCAGCGGCGGAGGAGAAUCAACUGGGGGGGACGAUUUGGCAGCAGUAUCAACGGCCGCACGGCCAGCAGCAGCAGCUGCCGCAGCAGCAGACGCAGCAGCAGCAGCAGACGCAGACGCAGCAGCAAGGGGAAACGGAUAGCAAAGGGAACCGCAGGCGGCCGAAUCUGCGGCCGUUACAGCUAGACGCGCUGGUUACCACCCCCAGAGGCCGCGCCCGCACGCACCUCCCCGCGGGGGGUCCUCUUUCCGCACGCGCUGCUGGUCCAGGCCCGAGCAGCAACGUCUUCCGCCAAAGGGGCGCGGGCGGGGGCAGAGGGGGAGGCGCGGGGUGGGAUGGGGACGCGCCAAUGGCAGCGCCUGCAGGAGCGGGGGAGGGGCAGGGGGGGCGGGGGCAUAUGGCAAUGGCUAUGCCUCCCCUUUGGCACAGAAGUCCGCGGGCGGGGGGAAGCGGGUUGAAUCUAGGCGCAAUCACCCCCACUGCUGCUUCCGCCUCUUCCGCCGCGGGUGCAAGCGGGGGGAGAGGCGGGGCGUCUGCUGCUGCUGGUCCUCCGGGAGGGGGGGAGAGAGGGGGGGGCGCGGGAAUGGGGGAGAAUAGCAGCAGCCCUAAGUACUACGUUGCGCUUAAGAGCCCCCGCGCGCCCGCGGAUGCGCCCAGGCGCGCCAAUAAGAGCCCCAAAACGCCCCGCGGGGAGGUGCUAUCUGGGAAAGGCGCGGGCGAGGGGGGCAUGGGCGGAAGCACCACUGCCGGUUCUGGGUGGGGAGGCGGCGGGGCAGGCGGCGGGGCAGGCGGAGGGGGUGGCGGAGGCGGAGGCGGAGGGGGAGGUCAGAGGGAGGGCGGCAAGAGGCGGGGACUGGCGUCAUGGGGAGGCGGGGGAACGCUGGGCGCAGCAGUGGACACUUUCAGCCGCAGCCUGAGCGCCCACCCCGUCAGCCCUAGGGCGGGUCCACCUGGGGCAGGCGCAGGGGGAGGGGGAGGCGCAGGGGGAGGGUUGAUGACAGCGGAAGCUGCAGCCGCGUUCGACGCGCAUGCUAGACGAACCAUGGCUGCCCCCCCCAACCCUUCCUAUCAUGCGCUCCCUACCCCCUCCCUCCGACCCUCGCCCACAGCUGCUGCUGCCGCCGCUGCUGCGGCCGCUGUCGCUGCUGCUGCUGGUGGCGGGGGCAGCGGCGGGGGGAGCAGCAGCAGCGUGCGAGGGGGUGGGAGCAGCGGCGCUGGCGGUGCUGACAUGGGCGCAGGAGGGGGGGCGGGCGGGGCAGGGGGCGCAGGAAGGGGCGCAGGAGGGGGCAUGGGCAUGGGGAUGGGGAUGGGGAUGGGGAUUGGCAUGGGUGUGUUUCAGCAGGGGUUUUCUGAUGUGACGCGGCGGUAUGAGAUGGGGCGGAAGGUGGGGCAGGGGCGGAAGGGGGUGACUGUAUACCAGUGCGUGGAAAGGCGCUCAGGCAGGCAGUACGCGUGUAAGACUAUAGACAAGGUGACUCUAACGGGGGGCAGGAAAGAGGAGGCGGUUCGGACGGAGGUGGCGAUUAUGAGGAAGCUGCAGGGGCAUCCGCACAUAGUGGAGAUUAAAGACACGGCGGAAGAUGCUAAGUUCGUGCACAUAAUAAUGGAGAUGUGUUCGGGAGGCGACCUGCUGGAUCACAUCAACACGCAGCUGUGCAUCUCCGAGAGGGAGGCCGCUACCAUCGUGCGCGUGCUCGUGCAGACCAUCCACUUCUGCCACGUCAGCGGCAUCAUGCACCGCGAUCUCAAGCCCGAGAACGUGCUGCUCGGCUCGCCCGGCCAGUGGUGGGACCUGCGCGUGGCGGAUUUCGGCUUUUCUGUGCCGCUCAGAGCAGGCCAGCGCAUGAAGGGGUAUGCCGGGUCGCCCUUCUACAUGGCCCCUGAGGUGCUGGACGGGCUGUACGGCCACGAGGCAGACAUCUGGAGCCUGGGAGUCAUCCUCUACACGCUGCUUUCCCAGAAGCUUCCCUUCUGGGACGACACGGACGCGGGCGUGUAUGAGCUGAUCCGGCGCUGCGAGGUGGACACGAGCACUGGCGUGUGGCCGCUGGUGUCAGGGGCGGCAAAGGACCUCGUGCACCGCAUGCUAGCCUUCGACCCCAACCACCGCCUGCCCCUGCAUCUGAUUCUCGACCAUCCAUGGGUGGUCACUAACACGACAGUCGACAUCCCCCGUGUGCCAUCCAGCGCGUCAGUUUCCUCAGAAACUUCCUCUCUCGAGCCGCACUCGUCCGGGCGGCGAAAGAAAGAUAUUGCUCGAUCUGCUGGGACCAUCUUUUCGUCCCGUGCCCAACCGCAAGCCAUGCGUGCUGCUGCCGCCGCCGCUGCUGCUGCUGCCGCCGGUGGUGGUGGGGGGAGUGAUGGUGAUGAUGAUGAGGAGGAGAGUGUGGGAGGCAAGGGGGAGUGA